UUAUCAGGCUUAUUUUGUACUGACAUAUCACAACAAAUGCAUUUAAACGAUAGCGUAAGAUGUGACCGAUAUAAAACUCACAAAAAACGUAAGAAAUUGAGAUAUUGAAAGAGGAACACUGCGAAGUGGGUCGAAAAAAAGACUAGUUUUGAUGUUUUAGUCGAAAGUUAGAAGUUUGAACAGUAUUCGUGAAGUUCGUCCGUAGAAACAAAAAUUUCACACUUAUAUCUAUCAUCUGAAAGAAAAUUGGUUGAUUAAGUUUGAUAAAUAGUGGAAUUUUACGAGUUUACUUUUUCGGCGGACUUUUGGGAUACCCUAUAGAUUGACUUCUAUGAAAACAAUAGGGAAGUUGUCAGCAAAAUUUCAUUUGAUAUAUAACGCCUUCAACAAAUAGAUAUUCUAGAAAAAUAUCGAUUCUCUAGGAUUUCGAUAUUCCAAAACUGAUUUGAAACGGCUGUCAAUAAGUCCUCAAUUCUUUUAUUUUAAUUAGUCGAGUUGAGUCUUUUAUGUGUUCACAUAUUCUGAUUGAAAAUUGAAAAAUAUGAAUUUUCUCGAUAUCUUAGAUAUUUCUUAGAAAUAGAAAUAUUAAAAAUUGAAUAACUCAAUUUGUUAGAGUUAUUCUCAAAAGACUAGCCAACCACUAUAAGUAAAAAGUCAAUGAAAUUCAAGAAGCACAUGUCAGUGAGUACUGAUAUUAGUUUUCAACUUCAUAUCUACAAAGUUUUUAUAUGAACAAUUGAAAAAUAAGCUUUUACCGACAGAGCGAAAUUGUUCAUGAAGAUUUGAGUAAAAGUUGUCUAUCUCAAUAAAAUCCUAAUAUAGGAUCCCAUCACCUUCAACUUUUCUUAGUCAAUCUCUUAUACUUAUAUGCAAUAUAUUGAAUAAUCAACAGAAAGAAUCACUUCGAACAGUUAAUUCAUUAGUCAACAUAUAUCUAAUAUAGUUUAUAUCCUAUUCAAAUUGAGGUCUUCGUUUUUACAAACUGUUUUCCUGAAUCGUGCCUGUGAAGAUUUGGAUUGGUAUUUUACUUUAUUUGUUUUCUUUUUAGGACGAGAAAGAUAAAAGUGAACGUUUGGCUGACUAUGGAAAAGAAUUACUUGAAUUAGCUAAAACUGGUGUUACGAUUGAUUCUCAAAUGGCACAACAGAUUGCUCAAAAACAUAACGUUUUAUGA